AUGCGUCUGCCUGAGUCUUCUCUAUUGGCUCUUCUUAGGCGACGCUUUAACACCCCUCAAUGUCAAGCUGUACGCCCAUGUCGGUGGCACCUACUCGGAUCUUAUAUCAGAGCAUAUAAAUCCCAAACGCGACCCCAAUUACGCACCCGCGAACGAUCACAGCCUCUGUGGAAAUACUACAGUAGUCAUAUCUCCACAAACACUUCUAUUGGAAGUUCUGCGGACCUUAAAUCGGAAGAUCAAAGUAUAGGAGAAUGGAAGAAACCCAAUGUCGCAGUUCUUGGCGGGGGAAUUACAGGUCUCGCCACGGCAUACUAUCUCACUCAGAUGGCACCAGACUUAAAAGUCACAUUAUAUGAGGGGAGCGAGAGAUUGGGAGGCUGGUUACGGACAAAACAUAUAGACGUGGGAGAUGGUGAAGUAGUGUUCGAACAAGGGCCGAGAACGUUGAGACCAAACACGCCUGCAGGGUUUGUUACCCUGAAUUUAAUCAAAGAUCUUGGUUUGACUGACCAAGUGAUCAAAACCAACAAAAUGUCUGCCGCUGCCCUGAAUCGCUUUGUGUAUUAUCCGGAUCACCUUGUAUGCAUGCCCGAGCCUACCCAAGGAUUUUACGCCAUUGCCUGGAAAUUGUUGACGGAACCGGUUUUUAAAGGAGUGCACAAGAUUCUGUUUGAGUAUACAAGGCCACGAAGAUCACUAGAAAUAGAGGACGAAUCUGUGGGAUCGUUCCUGACCAGAAGAACAGGAGGAGCAGAUCUUCCAGACAAUUUGGUGUCUGCUGUAUUUCAUGGGAUUUAUGCCGGGGAUAUCUACAAACUGAGUGCGAAGAGUAUACUGCCUGCUCAGUGGGGAAUGGAGGGCGCACAUGGAAGUAUCAGUGCAGCAAUGUCCCAUGUGGAAAAAUUCCGGAAUGCGAUGGCUGAGGAUGUAGAAAUGGAGAAUAAAGAGAGGAAUCUCUUUACGGACAAUGAGAGGGCAAUUGUGGAGGGCACAAGUGUUUACACAUUUCGCAGAGGAAUUGGUACACUUUCGGAAGCACUGGAGUCCUCUUUGCGUAGCAAUCCCAAUGUCGAAAUCAAGCUGGGCGAAUACGUCAAAAAUAUAGAGUACGAUGAUCAGAGUGAAGGUAUUAAGAUCUCCACAACUGGUGAAUCAUCUACCACCCACUCUUACGCUAUUUGUACAUUGUCAGGUCGCACUCUCUCUACCCUGACCUCUUCUUCAGAUGAUUCUUCACUUCCUUCGCUCGCAAAAACAGAGGCCGUGACAGUCAUGGUUGUCAAUCUCUACUACCGCGAUGAAGAUCUUCUCCCGGAACGUGGCUUCGGAUACCUAAUCCCACGAUCCAUUCCUUUUGUACAGAAUCCAGAAUUUGCCCUUGGUGUAGUGUUUGAUUCAGACGCAACAGUUGGUCAGGACACUGUACCAGGUACAAAAAUCACCGUUAUGUUAGGCGGCCAUUGGUGGGACGGUUUUGAAACAUAUCCCGACGAGGAAGAGGGUGCUUCUAUGGCAAAAUCGGUCCUCAAAAGACACUUGAAAAUCGAUCAAGAGCCAGAAAUGGUACAUGCAUCUUUACAGAAAGAUUGCAUUCCGCAAUACACUGUAGGUCAUGAGCAGAGGCUGAAGCAAGCGCAUUAUGAGUUGUUGAGCGCAUACAAAGGAAGACUAGCAGUAGCUGGGAAUUCAUACACUGGAGUGGGUGUAAACGAUUGUAUCAAGGCUGCCAAAAUUGUGGCAAGCGAUGUUGCACGUGGUAACGAUUUUACGGGAUUGGAGAGAUUCACUGAACCAAAAUUGUGGGAGCGGAGGGCUUGA